GCCGAGCGUCGCUGCAGGCGGCAAAAUCUUGUCUCGAGGAGCGGGGCGUGGUGAUCGUUUUCCGCGACGGGAAGGCGAUGUAUCUAGACGGUCCGCCACCGGAGUGGAUCGACAUGGGGUCGAACGAGAAUGGCCAUAUGAUCAUCGAUCUGGCUAGCUCCCCGUCCGAUGUGCUAGCGGCAGGCGAGGAGUCGAGCUCAACCAGCGCGGACGCCGACGGCGACCACGGGGUGGGGGGCGAGAAGGAAACGGGUUUCUCCGUGACCAGCAGCUACGUCGACGCCCAGAUCGAGAACGCGGAGACCACGAAGUUCGAUGCGAAGCAGCUGGAGGAUUGGUUUUCAGAGACCAACCGACGCAUCGCGCAUUGCGUGGAGAAGCGCGGCGACUUCAAGACGGAGAAGCUCGCGUAG